AUGACUUCAAAGACGACUACCGACGUCCUCCCUGUAGAGGGUGCUAGAGAUGUCACUUCCAACCCCCUCCCCUGGUACCAGCAGCCGAAACUGCGCCAGUUGUACCUGAAAAUGGUGAUUCUAUUCCUCGCGUCGACAAGUCUCGGGUAUGACGCCAGUUUGUUGAAUGGCCUUCAGACGAUGGAUUCCUGGGCUCAUUACUUCGACAAUCCCACUGGCAGUCGCCUCGGCCUCUUUGGCGCCCUCCCUGGAAUCGGAACCUUCGCCGUUUUUUUGAUCGCCCCCUACCUCUCCGAUGGUCUAGGCCGGCGACUUGGGACCGCAAUUGGUUCGGCAGUGAUUGUCCUCGGUGCUCUUAUUCAAUCAUUCCCUCCAACCUCCAACCCAAACCGGGACGCAAUGUAUCUCGCUGGCAGAAUCAUCGUCGGGAUUGGUUCAGGAAUCUGCAACGGUGCUUGUCCUUUGCUGAUCACCGAAGUGGCGCACCCGGACCACCGAGGAAAGAUCACGACAAUAUAUAACACGCUUUGGUAUCUCGGUGCGAUUGUGGCCGCUUGGUCUGCGUUCGGAACGCUUGAGAAUCUCAGCGGCAAUGUACAGUGGCAGUUGCCGACUGCUUUGCAAGCUCUCAUGCCGGCGAUUCAGUUGAUCGGGAUCUGGACCCUCCCUGAGAGCCCUAGAUGGCUUAUUAGCAAAGGCAAACUCGACAAAGCACGUGCUGUGCUCACAAAGUACCAUGGAAACGGCGAUGAAAACGAUGCUUUCGUGAGGUGGGAGUUCGCCGAGAUCCGGGAGACGCUGCGGAUGGAGCAAGAGGCGGCCUCGACAGGGUGGACGGAGCUCAUUCGCACCAAGGGCAACCGCAAGCGAUGCCUCCUGAUUAUCCUAACAGCUAUCUUCUCGCAGUGCAGUGGCAACGGCCUGGUCUCAUAUUAUCUAUCGCAAGUCCUGAACACGAUCGGCUUCACCGACUCAAAAACUCAGGCAGAAAUCAACGGCGGAUUGACCAUCUGGUGUUUCCUCGUUUCCCUUGCUGCGGCAUUUCUGGUCGAUCGCUUUGGACGCAAAACACUCUUUCUUUUCGCCGGGGUUGGAAUGCUCAUCUCCUUCAGUGUCUGGACUGCUUGCAGUGCGGUGUACUCCCGAACCGAGUCGGCGCCCGCUGGGCGCGCUGUCCUCGCCAUGAUCUUCCUGUUUUAUGGUACAGCCGGCGCCGCGUGGCCGGGUUUGACUGUCGCGUACACCGUCGAAAUCUUGCCGUUCAACGUCCGCGCUAAAGGGUUGACGCUCUGUACGUGUGUUGCGGCGCUCGCCGGGAUCUAUAACCAGUAUGUCAAUCCGCUCGGCUUGGAGGCGUUGCAGUGGAAGUUUUAUGUCGUGUACGUGGCGGUGUUGGUGGUCGAAUGCGUGGUGAUCUGGUUCUAUUUCGUGGAGACGCGGGGCCCGACGCUCGAGGAGAUCGCGGUUUUGUUCGAUGGACAGGACGCCCCGGCAAGUAUGGCGGCGGAGAAGGCAGAGAAAGCGGAGAGAACCGAGCAGCCGGAGUCGUACCAUGAAGAAGCUAUUCCGGAUCGAAAGUAG